AUGGCUGCGCGAGGCAGCAUCCAACAAAACCCCUCGCAAGUGGCCGGAACCUUCCAACCUGCACCACCAGUCGCUUCAGGUGUCAUACCUGGCCCAUCUGCACCCUUACAAAUGGGCCAGGCCGGUACCGUCCCUUGGGUUAAUGUGAUGUACGCAUCAGACUCGCGCUGGGAAAAUCCGAGCACCUGGGAAGAGGUUGAUCUACUCCAGGAAGCAUUGAAGCCAUCCAUUCGGAGCUUUACGCGCGUUACAUCAAGAUCACCUCCAUCCGUCCCCGGCUCUCCAUGGCAAUCUUAUGCGUCGCAGCUCGAUAUUCUUCAGCGCGAGUCGGAUCGAUUUUGGAGCGCAGAUCGACGCCCUGGAGCUCCUCCAAAACUUGCUGGACUUGCUGCAUGGAGAGGUGGGGUCUUGAUGGUCCGCGAAGCAGGGUUCCAUAUCACAGAGGAGAUGACAGAAGAGUUUAUGCACGCAAAAUUGCGCGGAUACAGGCAUCGCGGUGGGUCGCCAGGAGACAAGUUUAUUGAGCAGACGCAUAACCAGUUUCAGAAUGUCCUUUUGGCAGCAGACGCCCGAAGAGGGAGGAUCAGAGCACAAGCCGUGGAGAGAAGAGGGCAGCAAGGUGUCUCCGAGAACAUCACGGCAAUCCUCGAUAAUAUUGUCGCACGAGAUCCAGAGCGGUUCUUGGCAUGGCUCUCGACCAUGGGAUAUCUUUACUUCACGAUGGAAGAUCAUAAUCCUUACGCUUUUUCUUGGGAAGAUUGGUGCUUUUGGAAAGCUCCAAGAAGCUUCGAGGUGUGCUGCAAGCAAGCUUCUGCUGUGAAGAGGCCGUUACUCGGCCCUGGAGCCAUCGACAGAGCUAAAUACGGGCCACGAGGUGACAGACCAACCAUCACUCUUGCGGAAGCCAAGAAGGGUAACAAGAAAGCGUUGGAUUUCCAAGACACUGCUGAUGGGAUUGAGGUCUCUCUGAAGGAGAAAGCCCAAUACUACAUCAUUGGUGGUGAAGCAACGUCACGGGAAGCAGCAGCACACUAUCAUGCAAUCCGAGGGGAAGAUUUGUGGCUCUUUGAGCCAAUGAACUCCGUGAAAGAGGCGUAG